AUGAUGACCCCAUAUAGGGGUAGAGGCCGCGGUUAUGGCCGUGGUGGGAGAGUGAGUAUCAAUAUGUUACCCCAGCCAGAAUCAAACAUUCCUCUAAUAGGGGAUUGGAAUACUGUCUACAAAGGCAGAAAAAUGCAACAAUUACCUGCAUCUUCAGCAAAAAAGGAAGAUAUUGCUUCCUCUUCCUCUAAUAAAACUACAUCUUUCAAGGAAGUUGCGGUUAAUAAUCCACCUCAAGAACAAAUGGAUUAUUUUGAAAAUCCAGUAACUGAGAAAAUCAUGUAUAUUGAUGAUGAAGGUAUUAAGAUAAAUCCAAAUGAUGGUUGGUCUAUCAAAACUAGAUACCUCGAAUCAAGAGGAUAUCCAGGUCUUCAUGGAAAAUCUAGGCACAACCUAGAAAUUCUCCCGACUGUUACCGAAUCGGUAACAAUUACUCACCAUUACCAAAACAAUAAUCCUGAAAGUUUUAUAAACUUCAGUAAAUGUCACAUUAACAAAAUUUUGUUACCAAGAGAAUGGGGUCUCACCCCAAAUGCUGAAAAGGCAAUAAGAAUUGCAGAAGGAAAGUAUAUUUACUUUAAUUAUUGGGACUAUGUCCAAGCUUUCACUCAAGCUUUUUAUUACCAAAAUCCCAAGAACAAGCAUUCUUGGUUUUUCUCUAUUAAUCAAGAGAUGGUUAAUAAACCCAUACCAAAUUGGUUUUAUGAAUGGUGGGCUAAAUUUGGUCCAUCUUUGGAGAUUCUUCCUAAAGAAAUUCUUAACUUAUACAAUCCAUGGUGUGAUAAUAGUCCACUUAUUGUAAAAAAUUUAUCUGAUAAUUUAAUCACUGGACAAUGUCCAUUAUUGUUCUUUACUAAAUUUCAGAUUCCAUGGAUAUGGAGAUGGCCAAUCACCAUAUCAAAGAACAAAUUCAACAUUCCCAUUUUAGAAAGAAAUUUCUUCUAUAAAUGGUGGAACAAGAUGAGCUCAAAGGAUGUCCAGAAUAAAAUAAAAUAA